AACGCGCUUAGUCUAUUUACAGUUUCUACAGGCGAUGAAACACGAAAUCGUCUUUAUUCAGUGAAACAUUGCAAUAGUUGAUCUAACAUUAAAAAAACAUUAUUUUGUGCGAAUAAAGCGCAUAAACACAUUAGUCACAGAAAAAAGUGCGUCUCAUUUCGCUUCCUAUGUGGUGAAUUUGGUCACGGGCAAGUAGUGAUGGAGAAACCGCUUUUUAAAACUCCGAGUCAAAUGAAUCAAUUGCUUCACAAAAUGAUUCAGUGUUUCGAAUCGCUCGAAUCACCGCAAACUGACGGCACUGGCUGCUCAAAACAGUGUUAAAUGAUCAAAUAAACGCAAACGUGUAUUAAUAACAACUCUGUAAUAUAGUAUACUAAUCAUUAAUACUUAAUAUUAUUAAAAACUAAAUGGUAAGAGUCUAAUUUAUUAAUUUGUUCAUUAGUAGUAGUAGUAGUAGUAGUACUGAACUAGGGAGCUGAAUGAGACACACUCAGAGAUUUAGUUUGGAUUUAUUUUUCUAUAUGUUAAUCAUUCUUAGCUUAAACAGGACAAUGUGUCCGAACACACAUUGCUGAAGCAAAGGAGAUCUAUGUGACAGACUAUUAUAAAGAUGGCAUUUAUUAAAGAGGAAAGUGAAGACAUGAGGAUUGAAGAAGCAUUCAGAGUCCAACAUGAAGAUACUGAGGAACGAACAGACUUGAUGUCAAGUAAAGAGGAGAGUCAAGAACGGAAUGAAACUGAAGACAAAGAUCAGUAUGAGAAACAUCCAAGUUGUCCACAGACUAGAAAGACUUCUUCACGAAAAAGAGCUAAAAAGACAGGAGCUAUAAAUAAUUUCACCUGCCAACAAUGUGGAAAGAUUUUCAGCGAAAAAAGAAACCUAGAAGUUCAUAAUAGAAUUCACACUGGAGAAAAGCCUUACACCUGCCAACAAUGUGGAAAAAGUUUCAUUAAAAAGGGAACCCUUAAAGACCACAUGAGAACUCACACCGGAGAGAAACCAUACACAUGCCCUCAAUGUGGAGUAAGUUUCACUCAAAAAGGAAUCCUUGAAAGGCACAUUAGAAUUCACACCGGAGAGAAACCGUUCACCUGCCAAGAGUGUGGAAACAGUUUCAUUCGAAAAGGAAGCCUUAAAGGCCACAUGAGAAUUCACACUGGAGAGCAGCCGUAUACAUGUCCUCAGUGUGAAAAGAGUUUUACACAUAAACAAGCUCUUAAUGCCCACAUAAAAAUUCACAUAGGAGAAAAGCCUCACAUAUGUGAUCAGUGUGGAAAGAGUUUUUAUCAACAAGGAGAUCUCAAAGUCCACCUGAGGAUUCAUACUGGAGAGAGCCACUUCACCUGCCAACAAUGCGGAAAGAGUUUUACUCGAAAAGGAAACCUUGAAGUCCACAUGAGAAUUCACACUGGAGAAAAGCCGUUCAUAUGCCCUCAGUGUGGAAAGAGUUUCGAUCAGCAAGGAAACCUUAAAGUCCACAUGAGAAUUCACACUGGUGAGAAACUUUUUACCUGCCCACAGUGUGGAAGGAGCUUCACUCAAAAUGGAAACCUCAAAGCCCACAUGAGGAUUCACUCGAGAGAGAACGGUUUUAUUUGUCAUGAAUGUGGAAUGAGUUUCACAGACAGGAAACAGUACAAGAAUCACAUAACAACUCACGCUGGACAUAAUCCUUUCUUGUGCCGUCAUUGUGGAAAAACUUUUUCAGACAAAGCAAACCUUGAAAUUCACAUGAGAAUUCACAGUGAAGAGACGCCUUUCACAUGCGUCCCUGAGGAAAGACUUUCAGAUCUGAAGAAAACAUGAGGCGUCACACUAAAGAGAAGCCAUUUAUUUAUAGGGCCGGGCGAUAAAUCGAUAAUGAUGAUUGCUGUGUGAUAUUCAUUUCCUUGAUAAACGUUAACAAGAGUUCGAUAAAUGUUCGAUAUAAUAUUUAUAGGCAGAACAAAAGCGCACUAGUCAAAGCGCGCCACUUGAACUGUUUAUCUGUUCUGAUCAAAGUUCAAAUGGUGGCACAGUGCGAACUUACGUAGAGCAGAUGCGUUCACUCACUGAGGAGUCCGGGUCUCUAAACAGCACCAAUGUGAAUCGCUUGAAUUCAGUGAAAAACACACGACUCUGUUUACAGCCAGAUGAAACAGUGCUGACAAACAGGAGAAACACUGUGCGCAAUGAUACAGUCAGAAGGCUUUUCAAUCUACAAAUCACCAUCAUUUACCAUAGAUUCACUGCAGUAACACUCACUGCACAGUGGUAUUGUGUCAGAAAUGUGGGUAUAUUUGUACCGAAUUUUAUUAUGUAUUGAUAGAGGAGUAAUGGAAUAUAAUUGCAGUAUUUUUGUGAUUAGCGUUUAUGCAUUUAUACUAAAUGUAUUUAUUAUUAUUAUUAUUAUUACUGUUAUUAUCAUGUUCUAUAGAUGAUACUAUGCAAUGGUUAAUAAAAAAAAUUCAAAGAGAAUAAUUAAAUUUCACCAUAUAAAAAUGAGGUUGCUACAGUUUUUACAGAUGUUACUGAUUUUGCUAAUGAACAUAAAUCUAAAAAAAUAUAUUAUAUUAUUAUUAAUAUUAUCAGGUAACAAAUGUUUCUUGGUUUGAAACAAUAUAGAACAACAUUAAACAUUAAAACAUGCAAAAUAAAGGAAUAUUUUUUUUCAGUUAGGAUAUUUAUUUUGUUAAGAAAAUAUGACUGGAAAAGUGUGAAGAAUUAUGAAAAUAAACUUCCACUUUAAUUAUAUGCAGUAAUAAACAACAUUUAAACAAGAGCUUCACGAUACUGGAUCAACUGAGAAUCCCAGUUGUUUUAAAUAAAUUGGAGACGAUGAUUCUCUCACGAUUCUGGAGAAGAAAGAUUAGAAAAAUAAACAAAAUAACGUAAUUUACUAGUGGUUCUGACAAACUGUUCACUACUUAAGUCUUUUAAAAACAUAUAUUCAUUUAAACAAAAUCAAAACAAAGUCAGUGCCUUACUUCAAUAAGCCUGCAUCCCAAUGUGCAUACUAUCCAUCCUAAAUUCUAUGUAAUAGUAGUCAUUUUCAAUACUACUUAGGGCAGAUAUGGUGGAUAGAAUGCACAUUGGGACACAGGGUAAGACACCUUAGACUAUUGAAAUCUCCUGAAUGAAUGAUUAAAUGACGUUCUUUUUUUUAAACGGGCAGUUGUCGCCACCUAUUGGUGGAAGAGGAUAAGCGUUACAAUACAUACAAGUGUUAAGAUACUUUAGUUUUGAUCGCUACUGUAGACAAUGUGUUUAUACCCAAACUAUAAACUUUUAUCCCAGUACAUCUAUUAUUUAAAUGUUUGUAACACUGAAUAAUGAUUAUAAUGUGGUUGAAAAGACUGUUUGUGUUGCUCUUUCUGCAUUCACAUGUACCCCGAUCCUCUGAUUCAUAAACAUGUGCAGCCACAAAACGUGCUUCUCGCGCUCCACUGACACUCGCGAUGUGAAACGGUCCUAACAAACAUAGAUAACUCGUUAUCAUUCAGGAAUAAGAUUGCGUGGGUGUUUGAGUUGAGAUCUCGAUAAUUUAAUGAUUAAUGGAGCAGCUCUAAUGUAAACACUGCAAAAUGUUUUAUGAGGAUAUCGCCACAAGAUCUCGUCACAUCCCUAUAAAUAAUAUUUUAAAGCCACAUUUAACCAUCGGGUUUUUGACAACUUUCACAUUAUAGCAAAAAUCUGCCUUUAAAUUUUGAAAAAAAAAAAAAAAACAUUUAUCGUCAUAAUUAUCGAUAUCGACUGAUAUGAAAAAAAAUAAUUGUAAUUAUUCUUUGGCCAUAUCGCCCAGCCCUAUUUAUUUAUUAUAGGAUGCAUUCACACUGGUAGCUCGGUUCUCUUGGUUUGGUCCUUAUUAAAAAAGAAAAACAAUACAUUUGUUCCUGGUCUGCUUAGCAUUCACACUGCCAUUUCUGACAGUGAACUGAAGUUACCGAACCUAAUGACACAGUGAUACGUUCACAACCUUAUCGGGUAGUAUGAUGUAUAUUUCGUGAUGGAACUCAAGGACCAAACAAAAGGUGCUGUAUUAAGUCGAAUACACCUAAUCUCAUCUGCUGGACUAAGCACACUCAUAUGAUUUUAUUUUAAAUCACCUGUGAGCUCAUAACCUCCUCGUUGCUCCACGUUUGCCCUCUUCUCAUUUUGUUUUGAAUACGCUGCUUGUUACGCGUCAUCAAAUCAUGUUGCAUAGCAUUGCAUCUUGUCAUUACAUUCUGUUUUUGGUUUGUUUUGAAGAAUUUGGCUUGUGUUGCAUUCAUAUUUCAUUUGAACCACACCAGAGUUUGAUUGGAAGUGGACCGAGACCCAUCUUUUUAGCGGUUUAGGUCUGCUUGCUUGGUGCGAACCACGGUUCAGAUGGCUGCGUUCACAUUUACUCAAAUGGACUGCACUAACAAUCGCACCAGAGUUCGUUUUAAUCUAACCAAACAUGACACACCCUUAAAGGGUUAGUUCACCCAAAAAUAGUUCCUCUUCAAGUUUCAAAUCUGUAUGAGUUUCUUUUUUGGAUUUAUGGCCCCUUUUUUGUCACCCGUGUUGACAUGACAGUAUUAUCUCUGAAGACAUAGAUUUGGUGUUUA